AAUUGGUCACGUGACGUACAUACAAUGGCUGACUCUGAUGUUGUUCAACAGUUGGAAGAACGGGCAAAGGAAGCGGAAUCUGCCAUAGAGUUAUUGAAGAAUCAAUUGCAAGGCCUCAAAGAAAAAGCUGAAAAGUCGGGUUUGUUGAAGGGACGUGAAGAAGUUGUUCGACUGCGGAAAGAAAAUGAAGAUCUCAGACAAGAAAUCUGCUCCAUGAAGAAACAGCUCACAGACUUAGAAUCAACAAAUAAACGGUUUCAGGUUGCACUUCCUGUUCCUGGUCAGAAGCCUCCUCACUAUCCUAAUCCUCCUGCUGUUACAGCAUAUGUUCAAGGUCCAGGCGCUCAACCUGCCACUGUAGAGAGUGAGCCUGUGGCAGCUGUUUUGUCAGUGGUCGCAGAAGGUGUGGGAAAUGGAGAGGAAGCAAAGAGCAAAAAGAAAGAAAAGAAAAAACAAGAAAAGAAAGAUCCAUCACCAGUUCCAAGUGAAGGUGGUUUGGUGAAUGUGUCACGCCUCAACAUCAAAGUUGGUCGCAUUCUUUCAGUUAAACAACAUCCAGAUGCUGACACGCUCUAUGUAGAAGAAGUUAAUGUUGGAGAGGAGAAAACACGAAAUGUAGUGAGUGGUCUAGUCAAACAUGUUCCUAUUGAUCAGAUGCAGGAUCGGCUCGGGAUAUUUCUUGUUAAUUUGAAACCGGCAAAGAUGCGUGGCAUUUUUUCUGAAGCAAUGAUCAUGUGUGCCGAGUCUCCAGACAACAUAGAAAUUAUUGAUCCACCUCCUGGCAGUGUGCCAGGCGACAGGGUGUUAUUUGAAGGAUACUCAGGAGAACCAGAUGAACAACUCAAUCCAAAGAAAAAAGUUUGGGAUAGAAUUCGACCUGAUUUGACAACAAACAGUGACUGUGUUGCAACCUACAAAGGCGUGCCUUUCACAGUACCAGGAAAGGGAAUUUGCAAAGUACCAACAUUGGCCAAUGCUAUCAUCAAGUGACAGUAGAUUCGUUAUAUAACAACUGAACACUUUGCUAGCAAUGUGUGAUUUGGUAGUUGAAAUGAUUUCACUGUUGACUGAAGUCCAA